AUGAAACUUGCAACUACACUCGGACUCGCCUUCGUGGUUCACGCCUCCGCUAGUCCCUGUUCUCCCCCUGGGAUCGUCUUUCAGUCGGGGAAGAAUCAUCCAUGGGAGGACACGGCAACUGUCAAACUCGCGAACGACUGGAGCGGAAAGCACGCUGAAGCCGAAGUACCUCUCGACCGCAAAGACUACUCUAUUGAAUUACUUUAUGGCAACUCCGACCUAUCUCAGGACGGCGGUAUCUAUGCAACAAGUGCGGAGCUUACGCAGUUUAGCCAGCGUACUGGCUGUGUCGUUAAACUGGAUGAACCAAAAAUCCAUGCCCAAGUGAAUGCACAUGCUACGUGGACUUUCUUGGACCGCGGCGCUUGGGUCAAUGUCAAGGAUGGCACUGUGACCUGCGGGGAGUUCUAA